CUGCAAUGCAAAACGGCCGGCAAAUUCCGACCAUUCUAUUCCAUCUUGCUACUUACCACCUACACGAUGCCUUCCGAUCGCAAGCAAGUUGUGGUACUCUAUGCGGAGGCGAAGUUGCAAAAAUCUAUAGACUUACCAGGUAGUCUGACUGUUGCCAGAGCCAAGGAGGAGGGGAUGGUGGCAAUCAGGGAUCACUUGAAUACAAUUCCCGGUGUACCGCCUGUCUCCCUAGACCCCGACUGUACCGAUUUUUACCCAGCUACGAAGGACGAUAAUAGCAUUAUACGCAGUCUGAAAGGUAAUUUAACGAUGGUCGUGUACCCGGAGCCUCCUCAAGGACAGCGCUUGACACCCUCGCCCUUUGUCGAUGCUCUUCAAUCUUCCGUUCAUGAAGUGCGCGACGUGAAGGCUCAGCAAAAUGCCGCGUUAUUGAUUAGAGAGGAGAGCGUCAAGUGUAAUGUCAAACCAGGUGAAAAUGACGUCCUUCUUCGUAGAUUAGAGGCAAUGGAAGAAAAAAUUGGGCGUGACAUAGCUGAGCUGAGGCGCGAAAAUGCUAAGCUGAAGCACGACGUCAAAGAGCUUGCUGGGCUGAAGUCCAACAUCGAAGAGCUGAGGCGGGAAAAUGCUGGCCUGAAGCACGACAUCAAAGAGCUCAGUGAUAAAAUGGAUCAAAAUACUAGAGCUGUUUUGGGCGUUCGUUUUGUGUGUUUUUGUUGUCGUUUUUCACGCUCAUGUUUGGGCAUUACAGGAUAAAGUCGCGAUCGAUGAGAUUCAUCGGCAGGGUACUCCUUGACAUAGGGUCGACAUCAAGUGGUUGUCAUCAAGUGGUUGUCAUAUGUGGACACAAGGACUGUCAACCGUAGGAGAUGAUGUUUCAGGAUUCCAAUAACCCGUCAGAAUAUUGGAAGGCUGUUGGGCAGAAUCGCUCAACUCUCCCGUUGCUCAUUCAUUGUAGCCACGCUAGACCCCACGCAGAAAUUGCAGCGCACUCUUCGACAGAGAAGGCUAUUGCAGAGUAUUCUGGCUCUGACCACUCUGAGGGAUAGGACUGAUAAUUACCAUUUUUCGUGCAGUUUACGAUAGCUAACCACGAUAAGUCUGCGCAACAAUUUUUAAAUCUGUAUCCUAGCGUUUGGAGGACUCGGUACCUCGAGUUAUUCAAUAUGGGAAAUGUGUCCCCCAAGUGCACGGAUAUCCUCCAGG